GGAAGCAGAAGCGCACAGGUUCCCGCCCUUCACCAUUUUUCUCCGUUCCCCCCUCUCCCCCAAAACCCUAGCCUUCUCGAAGCUUCCGCACGCAUCCCUAGAGGUGGUCGCCGGCGCUCUCCAUGGCCUCCUCCUCCUCCGGCGGCGGCCCCCGACCCUCCUCGCGGCCUCCGGCAUUGGCGAUCUGCAAGGUGUCCUACUCCGUCGCUUCCCGCCCACUCUCCUCGAUGAGGCGGCCGUUCACGGAAGGCCUGGCGCCGCCUCCUUCCCAGUUCCCCGACUCCCCCGCAGAUCGUAUCCUCUCCGCCGCGACGAAGGGCGACGUCCCCGGCCUCAGGAAGCUUGUCAAGCGGCUGCGGGCGGGUGGGAAGAUCGCAGAGGAGGAGGUGGCGGCGGUCUGUGACCCUUUGAUGCGUCGCGGGCCGCUCCACAUGGCGGCCUUGGCUGGGAGGCUGGAGAUGUGCAAGUUUCUCAUCAAGGAUCUCCGAUUCGACGUCAACGUGGUUGAUUUGGAUGGUGCAACACCUCUGCAUUUUGCAAUACAAGGUUAUGGAUUUAUAGCCAUUGUACGGCUUCUUCUUGAUCGUGGUGCUGAUCUAAAUAAAGCAGAUCGCUAUGGGCAUACUCCACUUCAUGCUGCAAUAAAUGGAGAUAUGUAUGAAAUAACAGAGUUAUUGUUAUCAAGAGGAGCAUAUGUUGACCCUAUAUGUGAAAAAGGGGCACCACUACACAUUGCUGCUAAAGAUGGAAAUGCAAGAAUGAUGGAGCUGUUGUUGCAGCAUCAGGCAGAUCCUAACAGGGUUGUGCAAUUAUUCUGUACACCAAUUAUAGUGGCCAUCUUCUCUUGUUCAUUGAAAUGUGUGGAGCUUCUUAUCAAGGCUGGUGCUGAUGUCAAUUCUGGUAAGCCUGUAACUCCAUUAUUAGCUGCUGCAAAUGAUGGCCUGGCAGACUGCAUCAAGUGUUUGUUGGAAGCUGGCGCUGAUGCAAAUAUUCCUGAUGAAAUUGGUAGAAUGCCAGUUGAAAUCGCUGCAAUCCAAGGAUGGAAGGAAUGCGUGGAGAUUCUUUUCCCAUUCACAUCCCCUAUAGCUAGAUUUGCAGAUUGGAACAUUGGUGUGUUAUUUCAACAUGUACAGUUUGGGAGUCCAAAGACAAAGGAUCAUGUGCGCCAUGACAACAAUGGAUCAUUUGCAAAAGUCGAAGGGGAUGAUGCAUUCGAAGAAAAGAAGUACGCUGAUGCAUCAGCCCUCUAUACUGCGGCAAUAGAGACUGACACUGCUGAUUCAACCUUGUAUGCAAAGAGGAGCCUCUGUGGGUUGCAUUUGGGUGAAAGAAACAAGGCUUUGGAAGAUGCUCGUACCUACAAAGAAAUGGGAGCAGAUUUCUCAAAAUUCUGCUAUGAGCAAGGAGCAGCUCUGAUACUAUUGAAGGACUAUGGCCAAGCAUGCAAGGCACUUAUGUCUGGUUUGAAAUUGGAUUUUAGAGGCGACCAGAUUAAAGAAGCUUCCAGGUUUGUCAUGAAUUGCAAGGAAUUGUAGGUGACUGGUACUAUUAACUUAUCAUCUAAGCUGCAGGAUGGAGGAACCAUUGAGGGAAAGUUGUUGAUUAGUUACUGCGCUGACUAUAGGAUAGGACACUAAUGACUUGUGAAGGCAUCCACUGAAGCUGUGGGACCUUUUGUUGUAUCCAUGAAAGCUAUGCGACGAUAUUUUGUUGUAUCAUGCAAACUGGCACAUGUCUUUGUUUUGUGAAGAAAAUUAAAAUUGGCUACCACAGGCCCAUACAUUAGCUUGUGCGUUAUGGGUUCCAAAAUUUUUUUGUUUCAAUCUAAACAAAUGUGU